CUCGGUGGUCGCAAGGUGCUGAACAGCGGGCCUGCUGCCUCCGCUUUCACCGGUCUUUGGCCAGUGGUCAGGUUCGCGCGUGGAGAGUGAUACGUGCUGGAAACUCGGAGGAAUCAUAGGUUUUGUUUUGUUUUUUUCUUUUUCUGUGAACCUAAUGUAAAACUUUGUUUUGUUUCUGUUUGGAGUCUCUAAAGAUUUAGUCACUCAAAAUCUUCACCGUAGACCCAUAUCAGAUCUGAAAAACGGGUAGUUAAACCAUGAGUUGUGGAAAUGAGUUUGUGGAAACAUUAAAAAAAAUUGGUUAUCCCAAAGCUGAUGUUCUCAAUGGAGAAGAUUUUGAUUGGCUGUUUGAGACUGCUGAAGACGAAUCCUUUUUGAAAUGGUUUUGUGGAAAUGUGAAUGAGCAGAAUGUGUUGUCUGACAAAGAAUUGGAAGCUUUUAGCAUUCUUCAGAGAUCUGGCAAGCCCAUCCUAGAAGGGCCAGCCUUGGAUGAAGUUCUUAAAACCUGUAAAACUUUGGACUUGAACACACUCAGACUGGAUGACAAAGAACUACAGAAAUUAGAGGAUGAAGCUCAGAUUCUCCAGGGAUUGAAGAACUUAAAAAUUCAGCAACGGAACAGAUACCAGCUGAUGGCUUCCGUAACCAGCCACAAAUCUCUGAGGUUAAAUGCUAAACAAGAAGACGCCGCCAAGAAGCUAAAACAAAGCCAAGGGAUCCUAAAUGCCAUGAAUACGAAGCUCAGUAAUGACCUUCAGGCUCUUACUGAUGGAGUUAAUAAUUUGAUGAUAUUCUUCAGAAAUUCUGAUUUAGGUCAAGGGACAAAUCCAAUGGUGUUUUUAUCUCAGUUUUCCUUGGGAAAAUAUAUAAGCCAAGAAGAGCAAAGCACAGCAGCUUUGACCUUAUAUACCAAAAAGCAGUUCUUUCAGGGCAUACAUGAAAUCGUUGAGAGUUCAAAUGAAGAAAAUUUUCGACUUUUGGAUUUCCAAACACCAUCUCUCUGUGCCGAUGAAGAAAUCCUUGAGGAGAGACAGCUGGAGAUGGCUAGGCUGCAGCUGGCGUAUAUCUGCGCACAGCAGCAGCUAGUGUACCUGAGAGCAGGGAAUCAGAGUAUGAAGUCAAGCAUCACAUGGGCAGAGAAGAAUCUUCAUAGCCUGAGCAGCAAGGCUGUUGGUAAAGAAAAUCUGGAUGCUAAAAUUUCUAGCUUGAACAGUGAGAUUGUGAAACUUGAAGAGGAAAUCACUCAUAUAAAAGACAAAAGUUUGCCUGCUGUGGUAAAAGAGAAUGCCCAGUUACUUAAUAUGCCUGUCGUUAAGGGAGAUUUUGAUCUGCAGAUUGCUAAACAAGAUUAUUACACAUCAAGACAAGAGUUAGUUUUAGAUCAGUUAAUAAAGCAGAAGGCAUCAUUUGAACUUGUACAGUUGGCAUAUGAAAUUGAAUUGAGAAAGCAUUGGGACAUAUAUCGGCAACUGGAAAAUUUGGUUCAACAACUUAGUCAAAGAAACACGAUGCUCUGCCAGGGAUUAGAAAUGUUGACAGAUCCAUCAGUGUCUGAAGAGUUAAACUCAAGAAACCCCAUUGAUAACAAAGAUGAGUCUACUCAUAGGCUUUAUCAACUUUUAGAAGGAGACGAUAAGAAAAAAGAAUUAUUUAUAACCUAUGGAAACCUGGAGGAAGUGGCUGAGAAAUUGAAAAAAGAUGUUUCUCAAGUACAAGAUCAGUUGGCAGUAUCUACUCAAGAGCAUUUUUUCUUUCUGUCCAAACUGAAUGCUGAUGUGGACAUGCUUUGUGAUGUUUUAUAUCAAGGAGGGAAUCAGCUUUUGCUUAGUGAUCAGGAGUUAACGGAGCACUUUCAUCAAGUUGAAUCUCAGUUGAAUAAACUAAAUCAUCUCUUUACCGAUUUUCUUGCUGAUGUGAAGGCAAAAAGAAAAAUUUUGGCAACAAAUAAAUUGCAUCAAAUGGAAAGAGAAUUAUAUGUAUAUUUUUCAAAAGAUGGAGACUAUCUAAAAGACGUUGUGGAAAAUUUAGAAAACCAAUCAAAGAUUAAGGCUGUUGCUCUUAAGGAUUGAAGAUUAGUAAAAACCAAGUACUUACUAUAUCUGCUAUAUUUGAAUUUUUUGUUAAUAGGAGAAUGUACCUAAUAAACACUGCUAAUUUUU